AUUGUCACUUCACCAUCUUCGUUGCGAUUUUUCCGCCAGUCGGGGAAAGUUUUUCCCGUCCAAUUCUCCUUCCUUUCUCUCUCCUUUUCCCCUUUCUCUUUCUUCAUUUCUCCGCGCAACCACCGUUUUCCGAUCGGAAAUCUUUACCUUCACCUCCUCCGUCGAAUUUCUCAACUCCAGUUACUCCCAAUGGACCAUUUGUAGCCUGUUUCUUCUCCGGCUGAGGCCGAUUCGGCAGCCAUGUCUCGCCAAGUUCCAACCACUGCGUUCCACAAGUCCAAGACGCUUGAUAACAAAUAUAUGCUGGGAGAUGAGAUCGGAAAAGGAGCAUAUGGGCGAGUCUACAAGGGUCUGGAUUUGGAGAAUGGAGACUUCGUUGCUAUUAAACAAGUUUCCUUGGAGAAUAUUGCUCAAGAGGACCUUAACAUUAUCAUGCAAGAGAUUGACUUACUGAAGAACUUGAACCACAAAAAUAUUGUGAAGUAUCUUGGAUCUCUAAAAACAAAGACUCACCUUCACAUAAUACUUGAGUAUGUGGAGAAUGGAUCACUUGCCAACAUUAUCAAGCCAAAUAAAUUUGGUCCUUUUCCUGAAUCGUUGGUUGCUGUUUAUAUUUCUCAGGUUUUGGAAGGCUUAGUAUAUCUACAUGAGCAGGGUGUAAUUCAUCGGGACAUAAAGGGUGCGAACAUACUGACAACCAAAGAGGGCCUUGUGAAACUUGCUGAUUUUGGUGUUGCAACAAAAUUAACAGAGGCCGAUGUUAAUACUCAUUCAGUUGUUGGAACACCUUACUGGAUGGCACCUGAGGUAAUUGAAAUGUCAGGAGUUUGUGCCGCUUCUGACAUAUGGAGUGUUGGAUGUACUGUGAUUGAACUACUUACAUGCGUACCUCCAUAUUAUGAUCUACAACCUAUGCCUGCUCUCUUUCGGAUUGUACAGGACAAGCAUCCUCCAAUUCCGGAUAGCCUAUCACCAGAUAUCACUGAUUUUUUACGCCAGUGCUUUAAGAAGGAUGCUAGGCAAAGACCUGAUGCAAAAACUUUGCUCUCUCAUCCUUGGAUACAGAACUGUCGGCGGGCUUUGCAUUCUUCUCUUCGUCAUAGUGGCACAUUAAGAAACACUCAACAAGAUGGAUCAAUUGAAGCAGAAAUUUCUAAUGGAGACAAUCAAAACUCUUGUGAAAGCCCUUCGGCAGAGAAAAAUGAAGUCACUGAUUCUGAUUUUAAAGAUGAUUCAGGGAAGGAGUUGUCAUCAAAUGUUGCCAAUGAUGCAAGCAAGUCCCAAAAGCAUUUUGCUUCAGGCCCUCAUUUUGUUGAGGAAGGAGAAAGUCUAGAAGAAGAUACCCUAUUGGAUCAAGUUCCUACCUUAUCCAUUCAUGAAAAUUCAUCUCUUCUAACUGGUUCUGGCAGACUUACCACCUCUGAGCCGACUGAGUUUCAUGAAUCUCAUGGUAGAGCCCAUGAUGAAGUGAUAAUGAAUGGUGAAGUGCCAUUGGCAGAAUUAAGGAAAGAUGCUUCUAGAAAACAUGGAGAGAGAGAAACUUCUACAACAUCUGGAAGGAGAUCAUUUGGUUUUGAACCUGACAGUCAGGACAAUAGUUUUCAAAAGGCAUCGAAGAUGUCGACUGCUUUGGGAGGAGAUGAACUGAGUAAAUUUAGUGACACUCCUGGAGAUGCUUCCUUAGAUGAUUUAUUCCAACCUCUAGAUAAGCAACCCGGGGAUCAAGCUGCUGGAGCAUCAACAUCUCUAUCUACUCUACAAUCAAACAUGGGUAAUGUGCCAGUAAAUGAUGGUGGGAAAAAUGACCUGGCCACAAAGUUGAGGGCUACAAUUGCUCAAAAACAAAUGGAAAAUGAAAUGGGACAGGCAAGUGGUGGGGGUGACCUGCUUCGACUAGUGAUGGGUGUUUUAAAGGACGACGAUAUUGAUAUCGAUGGUUUGGUUUUUGAUGAGAAGUUGCCCGGAGAAACCCUUUUUCCUUUGCAGGCUGUUGAAUUUGGCAGAUUAGUUGGGUCAUUGAGACCUGAUGAACCCGAAGAUGUAAUUGUAUCUGCCUGUCAAAAACUAAUUGCUAUCUUUCAUCAAAGACCUGAGCAGAAAAUUGUAUAUGUUACACAACAUGGUCUUCUCCCAUUAACGGAGUUGCUUGAAGUUCCUAAAACUCGUAUUAUAUGUUCAGUGCUCCAGCUUAUAAAUCAGAUAGUUAAGGAUAAUGUUGACUUCCAAGAAAAUGCCUGUCUUGUCGGUCUAAUUCCUCUGGUAAUGGGCUUUGCAGUUCCUGAUCGCCCCCGAGAAGUUCGUAUGGAAGCAGCUUAUUUCUUUCAGCAGCUUUGUCAAUCAAGCUCCUUGACAUUGCAAAUGUUUGUCGCAUGUCGUGGAAUACCUGUAUUAGUAAGCUUUUUAGAGGCAGACUAUGCAAAGUACAGGGACAUGGUUCACCUAGCUAUUGAUGGAAUGUGGCAGAUUUUUAAGCUCCAGCGUUCCACUCUUAGAAAUGGUUUCUGUCGUAUAGCAGCAAAAAGUGGAAUUCUGCUUAGGCUUAUUAACACCCUCUACAGCUUAAACGAGGCAACUCGCUUAGCUUCCAUAACAGUUGGGGCGGGAUAUCCAGUUGAUGGUUUAACUCAACGGCCACGAUCAGGUCAACUAGAUCCUAGCCAUCCUAUCUUCAGCCAGUAUGAGGCCUCAUUUCCUAUGCCUGAUCAACCUGAUCUUUUGAAGGUCAGGCAUGGAAUAGUUGAUCAUCACCCGUCUUCUGGACCACCAGAACCUUCUAGGGCUUCAACUUCACAUUCUCAAAGAUCGGAUACCAAUCAAUCUGAUCACCGGCACUUUUCCACAGAUUUUGAUAGGCCCCAAUCUAGCAACGCCACAAAUGAAGCCUUGGGAUCUAAACCGUCAGAGCUUGCAUCUUUGGAUAAAGUUUUGCAUUUAGCAAGCAAGGAACCAUCUGGCUUGGCUUCCAAAGAACAUGAAAAUGCAGAUAGAUGGAGAAGUGAGCGAAUGGCCAACUCUAAUAGGACUUCCACAGACAGGCCUCCGAAAUUGGUAGAACCUGCAUCUAAUGGAUUUCCUACAACAUUGGUGGCAACUCAGCAAGAGCAAGUUCGGCCCCUUCUAAGUCUGUUGGACAAAGAACCCCCGUCUCGACAUUUUUCUGGUCAGCUUGAGUACAUGCGCCAACUUUCUGGACUGGAGAGACAUGAAACUAUAAUGCCUCUAUUGCAUGCAUCAAAUGAAAAGAAGAUAAAUGGGGAGCCUGAUUUUUUAAUGGCAGAAUUCGCUGAGGUUUCUCAACGUGGAAAAGACAAUGGAAAUUUUGACCCCACUUCUAAGGUUUCUCUUAAAACGGCGGCAAAGAAGCUAGGGCCCCUGAUUUCCAAUGAAGGAGCUGCAUCCACAUCUGGAAUUGCUUCACAGACAGCAUCCGGGGUACUUUCAGGUUCGGGCGUAUUAAAUGCUAGACCAGGGAGUGCAACAUCCUCUGGACUUCUUUCGCACAUGGUUUCAACCCUGAAUGCUGAUGUUGCAAGGGAAUACCUGGCGAAGGUGGCUGAUCUGUUGCUUGAGUUUGCUCAAGCAGAUACAACUGUGAAGUCAUAUAUGUGCAGCCAAAGUUUGCUUAAUCGCCUUUUCCAGAUGUUCAAUAGGGUAGAGCCCCCAAUUCUCUUGAAGAUACUGAAGUGUAUAAAUCAUCUAUCAACAGAUCCAAAUUGCUUAGAAAAUCUUCAGCGAGCAGAUGCAAUUAAAUAUUUGAUUCCAAACCUUGAACUCAAAGAAGGGUCACUGGUGUCACAAAUACACACUGAGGUCCUCAGUGCACUAUUCAAUUUGUGCAAAAUAAAUAAGAGGAGACAAGAAUAUGCAGCUGAAAAUGGAAUUAUUCCACACUUGAUGCAUUUUAUUAUAUCAGACUCUCCUCUGAAACAAUAUGCAUUGCCUCUACUGUGUGAUAUGGCCCAUGCAUCUCGUAAUUCUAGGGAGCAGUUAAGAGCCCACGGUGGAUUAGAUGUGUAUUUGAGCCUACUUGAGGAUGAGCUUUGGUCUGUCACGGCAUUGGAUUCUAUUGCUGUUUGCUUGGCUCAUGAUAAUGACAACCGAAAAGUUGAACAAGCUUUGCUGAAAAAGGAUGCAGUUCAGAAAUUGGUGAAGUUUUUCCAGUGCUGUCCAGAACAACAUUUUGUACAUAUAUUGGAGCCUUUCUUGAAAAUCAUCACGAAAUCUUCCCGAAUCAAUACGACAUUGGCAGUCAAUGGAUUGACCCCAUUGCUUAUAGCGAGGCUGGACCACCAGGAUGCGAUUGCUCGGCUUAAUCUACUUAAACUGAUAAAGGCGGUGUAUGAGCAUCAUCCACGACCCAAGCAGUUGAUUGUGGAGAAUGAUUUACCUCAUAAACUUCAGAAUUUGAUUGAGGAACGCAGGGAUGGACAACGGUCUGGUGGGCAAGUGUUGGUGAAACAAAUGGCCACAUCUCUGCUUAAAGCUCUUCAUAUAAAUACCGUUUUGUAAGCGCAUAGUUUUUAGGAUCCCGUCCCCUUGUAUGUAUGUUGUCAAAAUGUAUCACUUUUUAUUUUCUAUUUUCAUUAAAUUUUGGCCUCAUUGUCAAAUGUCCCUUCUUCCCGAGGCGAUUACGUCCAUUUGGCUUGUUCAGAAUCCUGAUUCCAGAAUGAUGGGCAAUGUAUGAGUGCUUUGUUUGUUUGUCUCUAUAGUGUGUCAUUUUUAAUGAUGAUGAUUAUGAUAUAAAAAUAUAUAUCGAUGUAAUGUGUUGUUUACACAUAUGAAGCGUACUCUUUGAAUGUGUUUCA